UAUUUUUUACUUUUUUUUUGCAUUGUGCGACUCCUUGGAAUUUUCAGCGAUAAUUGUUCCAAUAUUUGUAUUUUCGGAAAAUUUUCUAAUUAUACAAAAUAUGGAGGGCCUUCUGGGGCGCAGCCAAUUUCUAGGCGAAGCAGUAAAUCUGUUUACGGAUGAGAAGACUGCAAACGCACGUAGCAAGGUAGUAGAGUGGUUAAAUGAAGUACCCAACGCAGACCCUUCGACCAAAUGCGAUCUGUUGGUUAAGGCACAAGAAAUGAUUUUGGGCUCAUGUGUUGAGUUGCUGGAGGAGUUCUUGGAACACAUACUCUCGCUUGCGCAUGAUGCCAAUGCAGAUGUCCGGAAACAAGUUGUCUGUUUCAUUGAACAAAUUUGUAAGGUGAAGGUGGAGUUGCUGCCACAAGUAAUAAGCGUCAUUUCAAUGCUCUUGCGCGAUCGCUCGCCCCAGGUAAUUAAACGUGUCAUACAGGCGUGCGGCAGUGUAUAUAAGAAUGGCCUACAAUGGGUAUGUAGUGUAACUGAGGUGUCAGACAGCGCUGAACAGGCCUGGAGUGUUCUUAGUCUGCUAAAAGCUCAAAUCUUGGAUCUGAUCGACAACGAGAAUGAUGGAAUUCGUACCAAUGCUUUAAAAUUUUUGGAAGGCGUUGUUGUACUGCAAAGUUAUCCAGAUGAAGAUAGCCAAAAGAAAGACAACGACUUUUCGUUGGAAGAUGUACCUCUGAAUUUUAAGUUGGUAAAACGAACCAAGUUGGAGGAGGAAGCAUUAAAUAUUUUCGAUAUAUUGCUGAAGUUUCAUGCAGCUACACAUAUUUCUUCUGUGAAUCUUAUCACCUGCACUGGCAGCCUUUGUACCAUUGCCAAAUUGCGGCCAAGUCUUAUGGGCCCUGUUGUGGACGCCUUUAAGCAACUUAAUUCAAAUCUACCGCCUACUCUCACAGAUUCACAGGCUAGCUCUGUACGUAAAAGUUUGAAGAUGCAAUUAAUGGCAUUGCUAAAAAAUCGCGGAUCGUAUGAAUAUCAGGCGUCCAUAAGACACAUGUUGUCAGAUUUGGGUGCGUCACAGAGCGAAAUCCAACGGGCUAUACCUAAAAUGGACAAACAGGAACAAACGCGUAGGCAAAAAAGAAUAUUGGAAGGCGCAGCAAGUAAUCUUAAUAAAAAAAUGCGUCUUGAUUCGAUAAAUCGUCAACAGGAGCGUAGGUCUAAAUCGAGUCAGGACGAUGAAUCUGCAAAAGAUGUAGAAAUGGAGGUCGAUGAGGAGGAAGUAGAAAAGCAGCGUGAGCGUUGUUUGCGUGUAAACGAGAAAUUUUUGGCUGAAAAACUGCGUGUUACUGAUGUAGCAGUAAACUUAGUAGUUGAAUUUUUACCUAAGCUGCCGGACGAACCGCCAGAGCAUUUCCUAAAUGAAUACGCGCCCAUUCGCGAUAUGUCCAUACAGCAGCAAGUAUCGAAGAUAUCUAAGGUACUUGGCGAACAGAUGACAGCGCAAAAGAUUGGGCCAGGUGCUGCAGCAUUUAGUAAGGAAACGCCUAUGCGACCACGACGCGCCGAACCCAUGGACACAAAUGAGAGUGACCAACCGGUCGACGAAGACCAAAUGAGAAAAGAUGAAGCCACAAAAAAAUUGCGUGAAAACAUGGAACGAGCCAAAGGUGAACAAGAGCUGAUCGAGCGCAUGAAAAUGCGCGCCAAGACGUUGAAAUUGCAAGAGGUUACCAAACCUUUUUCGCGUCCGAUGAAAGAAAAAUUCCUCUUAGAGGCUGUAAAGCGUAUUUUGCAAUCGGAACGACAGUGCAUUGUGGGCGGCGUGUCUGCAAAGCGUCGUAAAACACUUACCGUAAUGGCAGCCACAUUUCCCGACAAAGUACGUUACUUCAUUUUCGAUUUCAUCAUGCUGGAUGUGAAGCAGCGCAUUGAUUUGGCCUUUUCUUGGCUGUAUGAAGAGUAUUGUCUACUACAAGGGUUUACCCGGCAUUCUUACGUAAAGUCAGAAAAUCGACCCGACUAUGCUUACAACGAACUACUCAGCCAACUAAUAAGAGGGGUGCGUGAAACGUGUGAAUUGAAAGAUAAAAUUUUAUUGAUACGACGCAUAUUUCUCGAAGCGCCAUUGCUACCAGACGAUGCUCUCAAUCAGCUGGUGGAAAUGUGCUUCUCCGAAGAAUUCGUAAAUCCUGGCGUUGACCUACUGAAAGACUUGGCUGUUAUGCGUCCACCACGCAAGAAUAAACUAAUAAGAGUGCUUUUAAUGUUCUGUGUGCAUGAACGUACGGACUUGAGAGAGCGGGCCUUAGAGCAUAUAAUCGCGUUGUAUCAUAUACAUAAAGUGCUGCCGAAUCGAAUUGAAGAAUUUGCUUUGGAUUGGGCCAAACAUCUGGAGAAGGACGUGCCACCGCCAAGUAUUUUCACAGAAGAAUAUGGACGACCGGCAGCUGAAAUAGGCUGGAAAGAGGAAACGGUUAAGACCUGCCUGACAUUGCUGCUGACAUUACUGCCAUAUAAACCAAAGGUUUUUCUAAACAAACUUUGCCACAUCUACACUACCACUGGCGCUGAUCUGAAACGUACUAUUCUUCGUUCAAUUGACCCAACCAUAAAGAAAAUGGGCGCUGAAGACUCAACACUGCUUACAUUUAUCGAAGACUGUCCCAAAGGCACUGAAACUCUCAUAAUACGCGUUAUACACUUGCUGACUGAGCGUGUGGCAACACCUAAUCCGGAACUAGUGCACAGAGUUCGAGAACUCUAUGCGAAUAAAGUCAAGGAUGUGCGCGUUCUAAUACCUGUGCUCAGCGGGCUCACACGCCAAGAAAUUUUGAAUGCUCUGCCAAAGUUACUAAAGCUUAAUCAAAUUGUAGUGAAGGAGGUGUUCAAUCGUUUGUUGGGCGUAGGCGCUGAAUUCGCUAACCAAACCAUGGCUGCCACGCCAACCGAUAUACUCGUCGCCUUACAUACUAUGGAUCCAAGUGCUUGCGAUUUGAAAGCAGUAGUUAAAGCCACGUCAAUUUGUUUAGCUGAAAAGGAAGUUUUUACGCCAGAAGUGCUAAUUGGCGUAUUGCAGCAGCUAGUCGAAGUGGUACCUAUACCGACCUUGCUAAUGCGUACCAUUAUCCAGAGCAUAACACUAUAUCCACGCUUAACGAAUUUCGUUUUAAAUCUGCUGCAACGACUCAUAUUGAAGCAAGUGUGGCGUCAAAAAGUUAUUUGGGAAGGUUUUCUCAAAUGCUGUCAACGUUUGAAACCACAAUCUUUGCCAGUAUUGCUUCAUUUACCGCAUCAUCAACUUGUGGAUGCGUUGGAGCAGUGCCCCGAUUUGAGGCAACCAUUGUAUGAAUACGCGCAGAGCAUUCAGGAGGAACCGAUGAGCGGCAUAACGCCCCAGCUGCUGGAUAUCAUAUCCGGGAAGACUGUGGAUGUUUUUAUAACGGACGAAACCGGCGGUUACAUAACCGUUGAUCAAAUCAAAAAAGAGAUAGAAGACCCCUCUGAAAUCGCAGUUAUAUCUACAAUUCCCAUUGCCCCGGUGCCAGCUCCGGUUCCAGCACCUAUUCCCAUACUUGGCGCCAUCAACACUUCAAUUAUUCCCAAAUCCGCCCAACCGCUACCUCCAGGCGAAGAUUAGACAGUCGCAUAAAAAUAUUUUAUCUCUGAUUAUAUAUAAAUUCCAAACUCGCUUAUAACUAAAUACAUUUUUUUUUUACCGGCCGAUUAUGGAUAGCAACGCGAACUUAGUUGGGUUGCCCAUGGGCAGCGCCAGUGAAAUUAAAAUGUAUAUCAUAAAUAACAACUCUAGUGAAUUGCUAUAAAGUGGAAGAUAAUAGAAUUUUGAAGAACAGGCAACCAGUUAAAAAAAUUCUGCUGAAACGGUUAAAAAAUAAUAUAAUUAUCUCAAUCAAAAUUUCCGCGGCUACUACAAAAAUGCAGUUGGCAAUAUUAGGAAAUCAGCUGCCAGUUGCUAUCCGUAAUCGAGCCAUUAAUUUAUGUACAAUCGCUUCCAGCUUGGUGGUUUAGUUGUUAUAAUUCUUGACGUAGCGCAUUAAUAAAAGUGUUAUUUUUCAAACCGCCACUUCA